UGGGGGCUGUGCAGCAGUGCCACCACAAGCCGCAGCCUUCUGGAGGUAAACGGUAUCUUAUGAGUAUUUUGGGACCUUCAACUGACCUAAACCUCAGUCCGAGGUUUAGCUGUACCAGGAAACGAAUCCCGCAACAUGAUGCUAGCCGACGCAACAUGCCCGCUCAGUUUAGAGACCAAGAAAACUGUCGGGAAUCAUCCACAAAACUGUCCCCCGAUGCCAGUACCAACCCCGCCGACGAUACAGUUGAAAACAUCAACUCCAGCGUUGAAAUUGCCAGCUGAUUCCAUUCCGUCGUCGACUACAACAGAUGGCGACCGUGACUCUGGAUAUGUUUCACAGAGCACAGAUUUAGCUGUAGAAAGGAAAAGCAACACCAACCAUGGAUCACCCAUACUAAACUCUCUACCUCCUCGAGACGGAAAGGCAAAAUCACCGCGUCGGGCUUCCAUUUCUUCUAUUCUAUUGCCCAAAAUGAAGCCACAACUCAACGUCGAUGUCGACGAAGCCAUCAAUGAGCGAUUCAAGGUCGUCCAGACCAGUUUUGAAAAGCUCCUCCUAGAACACAUCCGUGAUAACCAAACGGCCGGGGCAAAAUACAAGCCAAUGUCAACACGACUAAUGAUGAUGGGCACCUCGUGUACUGAUGCUAGUCCUUAUCUCGUCGUGUUCUGCCACUCUGAAAGCAAGAAGCUCGUCAAACGGUUCAUAACGGACCCUACAAUCAAAGAUAUUUGCCAGCCCUCAGAUCGUGAUGUACCGUCCUUUAAAGUAAAGGUCAUAGGCAACGCCCCCCAGCUCAAACUCACGAAUUUACCAGUACAAAUUACAGUCGAUCACGUCCCUUUUGAUACAUUUUGCGGCACUCCCAUCCGAUUCACACACCUUUCUGAUGAGCGCAAUGCCACCUUUGGUGGAUUGAUCAAGGUAGUGACGGAAACGGGAGAUACAAGAGUUUAUGGAAUAACCGCUGGACAUGCGGUGGAAGAAUGGAACAACGAACUCCAGUCAGCACAGGAAAUCAAAGGCGAGAAUGGAGACGAUACUGAGCAUCAUGAUUUGCAACCCGCAGUGAGUGAGUUAUCUAUGGAUGAAAUUGAGCUGCAAGAAUCUUCGGAUUCUGAGGAUAGUGAUAUGGAAAUGAACUCCUUCUUGGAUACUCCAUCAGAUGUCACGUCCGACGGGAAGCCGGGGCAAUGGUAUUUUACUAAACCUCUUGUUCUCGGCUCAAUUGUUGCACAUCCGAGCGCGCUAGUAAGCACAGAAUAUCAGAAAAAUCAGUAUUACGAUUGGGCCUUGUUUGAAACGAACGUCUGCAAGAUGAACCGACUCGUCAUUGACCCAGAGGAAGAACUGGUUCUCUCGCAGAAGCAACCUGGGACUACUGGUCAAUGUUCCGUGUAUAUGGUUAGCGGCUCGGGUGUCAAAGAGGGCCAACUCUCUUCGACGCCCGGCCGAAUCCUGCUUGGAUCCGGGGAAGAAUUUGUCAAUACUUACAUGUUGACAAUACACGACAAGCGAGGCAUAUGCGACGGUGACUCUGGGUCGUGGGUUGUCGAUUCCCGCACGUUUGAAGUUUACGGUCACCUUGUUGCGUCAGACGUGUUCGGCUCCGGAUACGUUAUACCUUUGGAAAGCAUAUUUGCCGACAUCAAGCGGCAUUUGCGCGCGGAACUGGUUACACUCCCCAACACCAUCGAUAUACGAAAUGCACAAGCGAGUAUAAACACGGAUCAACUCUUGACGAGCCCUGAAACUGAGCGUACGGACGCUACACCUUCUCCGCCCAGCUUGAUUGAAUCGCCAUUUAUUAGACCAGGGACGGAUUCAGUUGAUGAACGAGAUACACAUUAUACUGGAAUGUGUUCAUCAACUGGAAUGUGUUCAUCAACUGAAAUGAAUCCACUCGAAACGGGCCCAAUUACACAUUCAAGGAUGGUUUCAGUUGAUGAACGAGAAGCACGUUUUACUAGUGUAUAUUCAUCAAGUGAAAGUAUUACACUCGGAGUAACAAUUCCACCCUCAGGGAUGAAUUCAACCGAUGAACUAGAUAUAGAUACCGGAAUCUAUUCAUUCACUGAAAUGAAUUUACUGGGAACGGAUUCAAUCACAUAUUCAGGGAUUGAUUCAAUCGAUGAACUAGAUACACAUACUCUAUACACUGACCGAAAUGAAUCCACUCGGAAUAGAUACACUUACUAAGUGGAUCUACCUCAGCCUCUUGGAAGAGAUCGGACAGACGAUUCUGGUUACAUUUCGGUACCAGACACUACUCCAUAACUGUAAUAUGUUGCCCUUAUUACGCUCUUAUUAUACUAGCGCUAACUCGAGCAGUCCCGAAUCCUCAAAGAGAAAACGCAGCUCUGAGUCUCCCAAAUAGAACCACUUGUCCUGUCGGCUGCCUUGUCCAAAACAUAGAUUUCGCUUUUAUUUUGAUAGAACACAUU